AUGAGUUCAUUUGUACCGUGCGGGACAGCUGGACAACGAGAUACUUCCUAUAGAAUUCGUGAUGAGAAUAUCAAUGUCACGACGUUUGAUGUUCUUGAUUACAAUAUUACCGGAGAACCCCAAGCAAUGUUAGAAACCAUUAGUUCAAGCUCUGAUAUUUUAAUUAAAGAUCUGGAAUGUACUUCUAAUGAAGAUGUUGAUAUUGUUGCAGUUUCUUCGAUUAAUAAUGAUAAAAAUUCUUCUAUUGAUGACAAUGAAGAUGAAGACCUCAUGCCAUACAUAUAUGAUGAAUGGCAAUUUGACCUUCGGAAGUAG